UCAUUGAGAAAUGAUAGAAAAAAACAACGAGUAGUGUUGUUGAUUAAUAAGGGCAGCUGCAGCUCUACUUAUGACCUUUGUAUAUGACUAUAUAUUCCUCCAUUUCUCUGCUAGACUCUUCAAGAACCUCUCUCUCUCUCUCUCUCAUCAUCUCUUCAAUUCGAUCUAGUCCGUGCAAGAACCUCGUCUGCCAAUUAGUACAUUUCCUAGUAUGGAAAUGUAAUAUUCCACAUGCACACACACACACACACAGACACCCAUAAUCCUCGUUCCUCAGUACUCUGAUUGUGAGGUUGCUAAAUUUAGAAUUAACCCCCAAUUUGGAUACAGUUUCAAGAUUCCUGAUGACUACUGAAAACCAUAUCUCCGACGGCUCCGACUCUUUCUUCUCAUUAUCAUCUCCGUGUUCGUUAUCUCAAACUCAAUCUUCGCCACCGGAUACCUCCGCCGUGAAGGCGGAGGAGUCGCCGGAAACAGCCAAGAAAAUCAAGAGAAUUCGACAAGCCAACAAUAAUUCCAGUAGCAAGCACCCAGUCUACCGGGGAGUCCGAAUGCGAAACUGGGGGAAAUGGGUGUCCGAAAUCCGGGAGCCCCGGAAGAAGUCGCCUACCCCUGAAAUGGCGGCGCGUGCGCACGACGUGGCAGCGCUGAGCAUUAAAGGCGCCUCCGCCAUUCUCAAUUUCCCCGAGCUCGCUGCUGCUCUCCCCCGUCCCGUCUCUCUCAGCCCACGUGACGUCCAGGCCGCAGCUGCCAAGGCGGCUGCGAUGGAGAAAUUCGAUCAUCUUCUGUCAUCGCCUUCGAGUACGUCUUCUUCGUCCAGUAGGUUAUCUUCUUCAUCUUCACUGUCGUCUCUCGUGUCUGCCAUGGAUUUAUCCACAACCUCAGAAGAAUUGAGUGAGAUCGUGGAGUUGCCGAGUCUGGGAUCGUGUUUCGACUCUCUGGAGCUGAGGAAUGACUUUGUUUACAUUGAGAAUACGGUGCUGGAAGGGUGGUUGGACCAACCUCCGCCGUGGGGGGACGGUGGUGAUGAUGGUGGAGUCCCGAGCACUUUCGAAACUUUGUGGUGGAAUUACUGAAGUGGUGUUGUUCUCUACUACGUUGUUUUUUCAUAUAUUUUCUCAUGUGUAUUCCGUGGAAUUAAGCCCUUAAUUUUCGUUUUUCAUUGAAUUAGGGCAAAUUGAAGAAUUAUUCUUCAUGGAUACCCGACCCCCACUCUCCAAACUUGUUUGUCUGCUUCCCAGUGAACCCAACCCCCUCCUUCAAUCAAUCUAACUGUACAGUGUUAGGCCUCAUCAAAACUUCAUCUGCUGUUCACUGGAUCUACAUUUACUCUC